GUUCUAUCUCCGCGCAUGCGCUCUGACGCCUCUCCCGGGUGCGGAUCCGCGGCUGGAGGCGCUGCCGAUCGCGGAGACGGAGCGGGGAGUCGCCGGUCCGACGGCAGCGCGGGGACCCGGCGCGCCGUGCAAGGCCGGAGGAUGGUGGGCGGCGCGGCCGUGCAGGGCCCGGUGAGUUUGCAUGAGCUGCUGCUGGCCGGGGCACCCGCCGCUGCUCCUGCCGCCGCUGCUCCGGCUCCGUCGGCCGCCCCGGUUGCUGGUGGUAGCGCUGCUGCUGCGGGCGGCGCCUCCCCCGGGGUUGCUCCCCCGGGGGAGGAGGAGGAGGUCUGCGUCGUAGGCAUCUUCGGCAAGACGGCGCUGCAGCUGGGCUCGGAGAAGUCGGCGCUGGUCAACACGGUCUGCGAUCGGCAGGUCUUCCCUCUGUUCCAGCGGGAGGGCGGCGCGGGGAGGGUCGGGUCUCCUGCCGGGGGCGGCGCUGAAGCAAGCCCGGACCCGGUGGCUGACUCCCCCCCUCGCCCUUCCUCCUCCUCCUCCUCUUCCUCCUCCUCUUCCUCGGCCAGCCCCUUCCAGGGCGACUACAACCACCUGCAGGCCUUCUACAGCCAGGAGAGCAAGGUGCUCUACCUGGUCCUCACGGCCAUCAGCGACAGCCACCAGCUCUUGCAAGCUUGCAAGGAUCUGGAAGCCAUGGGGGGCUCGCUCCGGGCUUCUGCCAGCUUGGGGGCCCAGGCGGGCUCGCCGCUGCCCCACGCCGAAGCCCACGAGUUCUGGAAGCAGCAGGAGAAGAUGCACUGCCUCAACCUGCUCUACCUCUUCUCCGUCUGUCACAUCCUGCUGAUGGUGCAUCCCACCUCCUCCUUCGACAUCACCUACGACCGGGUCUUCCGGGCUCUGGACGGCUUGCGGCAGAAGGUGCUGCCCAUCCUCAAAGCCGCCAUCAAGGACUGCCCGGUUGGCAAGGACUGGAAGCUCUUCUGCCGGCCGUGCCCGCCUCGCCUGCUCUUCCUCUUCCAGCUCAACCGGGCCCUGAAGGUGGAGCCUCCGCCGGGCCGAGGGCAGGAGCUGGGGGGCCCGCUGGAGAAGCCGCCCCCCAAGAAGCACUCGCCCAAACGACGGCUGCAGCAUGCCUUGGAGGACCAGAUUUACCGCAUCUUCCGCAAGAGCCGGGUGCUGACCAACCAGAGCAUCAAUUGCCUCUUCACCGUGCCGGCUAACCAAGCAUUUGUCUACAUCGUGGCCGGUGGGGCCCAGGAGGGUGAGGACCCCAUUGCUGUCUUGCUGGAGCAGCUGAGAAACAACUGCACCGCUCGGGAGACCGACACCUCGCUGGGCCCGGCCUUGGCGGGGCCGCGACGGUACCACAUGAUGCGUCACGGGAGACAGCAGUUGUCGUUCCACGCCGAAAGUAGCGGUGGCACUUGCGGGAGCAGCAGUUCCAGCUGCUCCGGGCAAUUGGUGGAUUGCACCUUAAAGGAAUUCCUGUUCCAGCAUGUGGAGCUCGUCCUUUGCAAAAAGGGCUUUGACGACAGCGUGGGGAGGAACCCCCAACCUUCCCACUUUGAGCUGCCCACCUACCAGAAGUGGGUCACCACGGCCCUGAAGCUUUACGAGGUGGCCAUUGAAGGGAAGGAGAAUGAAUCCUCGCUCGGUGGAGAGCUGACCUCCAAGAUCAUGGGUAGCAUCAAGGUCCUGGAGGGCUACUUGGACAUUGACACCAAGUUUUCCGAAAACCGCUGUCAGAAAGCCCUUCCCAUGGCUCAUAGUGCCUACCAGUCCAACCUGCCCCAUAACUACACCAUGACCAUCCACAAGAGCCAGCUGGCCCAGGCCUUGAGGGUCUACAGCCAACACGCACGGGGUCCGGCCUUCCACAAGUAUGCCCUGCAGUUGCACGAAGACUGCUACAAAUUUUGGAGCAAUGGGCACCAGUUGUGUGAAGAGCGGAGUCUGACAGACCAGCACUGCAUGCAUAAAUUUCAUUUGCUGCCCAAAUCAGGGGAAAAAACGGAACCGGAUCGGAAUCCGCCCGUGUUGUACCAUAACAGCCGGGCCCGUUCUACCGGUGCCUGCAACUGCGGGAGAAAACAAGCACCCCGGGACGAUCCCUUUGACAUCAAAGCUGCAAAUUAUGAUUUCUAUCAGCUGCUGGAAGAGAAAUGUUGCGGGAAGUUGGAGCAUAUCAAUUUCCCCGUGUUUCAGCCCAGUACGCCUGAUCCAGCCCCGGCCAAGAACGAGGCCUCCCCCAGCCCCCCCGAAGGGGAAGCUGAGAAGCUGAAGGACAAGGAACCCCAAACUCAGGGGGACAGCACCAGCCUCAGCUUGGCCCUCAGUCUGGAUCAAUCCACAGAUAGUUUAGGGACUUACCCUGCAGACCCACAGGGUGGAGGCAACAACACCGAAGCGCAUGGGGCAGCGUCCGAAGCGAAAGGGGAAAAGAGAGCAAGCUUGGUGGAUCGCCAGCCUUCCACGGUAGAAUAUCUGCCCGGGAUGCUUCACUCCAAUUGCCCCAAGGGUCUUCUCCCCACUUUCUCCAGCUGGUCUCUGGUGAAGCUGGGCCCUGCCAAAGCCUACAAUUUCCACGCCGGCUUGGAUCAACAAGGCUUCAUCCUGGGCACCAACUACUUAAUGCCCUGGGACAUUGUCAUCCGCACGCGGACGGAUGAAGAUGGAGACCUGGAUACCAAUUCUUGGCCGGCCCCUAACAAGGCUGUUCCGGGAAAACGGAGUGCAGUGGUCAUGGGCCGAGGAAGGCGGAGGGACGACGUUGCUCGGGCUUUUGUGGGUUAUGAAUACGAAGAUGCCCGAGGCCGGAGGUUCAUGUGCUCGGGACCGGAAAAGAUCAUGAAAGUGAUGGGUGGAGGACCUAAAGAAUCGGCCGUCAAAGCCCUCAAUUCCGACAUGCCCCUUUACAUCCUAUCGUCCAAUCCAGGGAGAGGACUUAAGCCACACUAUGCUCAGCUGAUGAGGCUCUUUGUGGUGGUCCCUGAUGCUCCCCUGCAAAUAAUAUUGACCCCCCAGGUACAGCCAGGGCCGCCUCCUUGCCCUAUAUUUUACCCAGAGAAGCAAGAGAUAACUCUGCCCCCCGACGGGCUGUGGGUUCUUCGCUUCCCUUACGCCUACGUGACGGAACGCGGUGCCUGCUUCCCUCCGAAGGAGAACCAGCAAUUGAUGAAUUACAAGAUCCUUCGUGGAAUCCUCAAGGCCGUGAUACAAUAGACCAGCAGUCCCCAAACUUUCUAGCUUGGCGUCCUGGCCCAGCAGGAGUAGGGGGGGGCAUGUGAGUGGCAGGCGCACAUGCGCGCGCACAGCUCCAUUUGUGGAAGCAGUGGGCCCGCACACCCUCCACUUCCAUGAGCGGAGAGCGCGUGUGCUUGUGUGUGGAGCACCCCACGUGCAAGCAGAUGGCGCUAGCGCACGAGUAGAGGACACUUGCGCAUAUGCACGAAGCUUCAGUUGUGCAAGUGGCGGGCGCACAUGCACGCUUGCCCAUCUCUCCCAGUUUCAAACAGGCCACAGCCUGGAGAUUGGGGACCCCUGCAAUAACCUUAACUCUCUGAACUGGAUCUGCAAUUCUUGAGUUUACUAUGACCGUUAUUAUUUUUAAAAAAUAUAAUACUUUGUCCCAGCCAGAGCUGAAAUAAUGGAUUUUGAUUGCAUUCAGCUGGUGUGCUUGCAGCAAUCACUGGUUUCACUGAGCAGAGCCACCAUACAGCAAAAAAAAAAAAAAAAAAAAGUCUUGGUAUUGAUAUGGCAUGUUAAGUGCCAAGUCCUGUUUGUGGUAUUAUCAUUGUGGAUGUGUCAGCAGUAUAGCACAGCGAAGGUUCGGCAUGCCAUGCUCUGUUGAUCGUAAUGAAGGAAGAAAAAAAAAAUAUAAUAAAGCAUUUUUCCUCCAAUU